AUGGGAUCCGGAGAGAUGUCGUCUGGGGACCGCUCAAGCGGCACCCAUGGAAAAGACAAGCAUGCAAGCAACAGCAGCAGCAGCAGCAGCAGUUCAAAAAAGCACAAAUCAAGUGGCCACAGCAGCAGCAGCUCAGGUGGCCGAUCUACCACCAGCAGCAGCAAGGCCGGUAACGCGGAGCGCGACAGCAGCUCCAGCAAACAUAAGAGCAACAGCCACAGCAGCAGCAGCAGCAGCAGCAACAGCAGCAGCAGCAGCAGUAGCAGCGGACACAGGAGCAGGGGCAAGGAGGAACGCAAGCACUCGAGCAGUAGGACAAAGACGGAGGCGGAGUCCGUCCGUGCAGAUUCCAAGCCGCAGAAUGCUUCGAAGGACAGCAAGAACAGCAGUAGCAGCAGCAGCAGCAGUAGCAGCAGCAGCAGCAGUAGCAGCAAACACGCGAAGGCUUCCAAGAGUCAUGAGGACGGGAAACGCGGGAGGAGCAGUCGCAGCCGUAGUGGCAGCAAAGAGAAGAAGAGGAAGAGAGAGCGCAGCCCCUCCUACCAGCCUCCUGCAGUGGUAAACACAACUGACCCGACGAAGAACACAUUGGGCGACCCGCUGCCUCCAGAUCUGGAGGGGCCGUGUUACGUGAAGCUGCUGCCUCAGCAGCGGGACGUGUCGAUUCUGUUGGGUGUAGACAAUCGAGGUUUAUUGAAUUUGGCGAAGAGCCACGGCUGCAAGAGUCGGCUCUCCCCUAAAGACAUCUUCUUUCCUGAAACCAACCGCCGCAUGCUGCUGCUACAGGGGCCCCUCGAGGCGCUGCACAAGAUGUUGCGACAGGCGCUGCAGACGAUCUCGGAGCCGGGGAGACACCGCGACAGCGGGCGGAGCAGCAGCAUCACCUUCAUCGCCCCUCAUGCUAUCUGCCAACUUAACCCCGAAAACAGCGACCAACCGCUGCGCAAGCUGCGUAAACUCUGCAAUGCGCGUUUGCACAUCAGCGACAGAAGAGACAUGAAGAAGCAGGGAGGCCGGGAGCGGCUGCUGACACUGCAGGGCGGCCUUGAGGACGUGCAGGCAGCAGCCUGCGAGCUGACGAGUCUUCUGCAGAAGAUAGAAAACCUGCGGGAUCACACAAACCUCAAAUACGACAGCUGCAUGCCCAAGGAGGAGCCCGAGAAGAAGGAGGAGCGGCUCGAAGACCUCUUGGGUCAGGAUCUAGAUGAGUCAACCAUGCAGGCACUUGCCAGCAUUCUUAUUCCUCCAAAGGAGGAACCGGUGAAGGCGGGCAUUGCCAGCGUUGCGCCUAACGUGCCUAAUCUAUCAGACUCUGCCAAGGCCGCUCUCAUCAGUCAGGCGCAGGACGAGCUCGCUCGCAUUAGCAACUUGCAGUAUAUGCGAGAUUCACGGCCGGUGUUGAUGCAGGGCCCCGCCUACCACAAGAUCCUGGUAAGCGACCUGGUGGCUGCGCAGCUGCUGGGCUCGAACGGAAGCAUUAUUAGCCAGUUCGAGGCGGAGUAUGCAGUGCAGGUGAAGGUGGCGCCUCCCGAGCCACCUCCGUGCACGGAGAGGAUCGUUGUCAUCAGCGGGCAGCCGCAAGACACCGAUCGAGCGCUGCUGGCUGUGCUGGAGAAGGUUUACGCCGCCUGUCUGAUGGUGGGUCACGCUAAUUUCAUGGUCUGGAGAAUGAGCGCAAUGAGCACCUGUUGUGCGCUCAUUUGCGGCCCCGGCGGGCAGCGGAUUCGCCAGCUCGCCAGCUUCACGGGCACGCGAAUUCAGAUCAGCAACAGAGAUCAACAAACCCCUUCGCACCACCCUGGGCAGUUGGUGCCUUCCAACCCUCACGAGCGCAUCAUCUCUGUCUUGGGACCCUUGGAGCAGGUUACAAUUGCCAUUAAGGCGAUGCUGCCGUACAUACAUGCCGACCCAAACCAGUCGCUGUCGGUACACCAGAGCUACGGCCACGGAUACAAACUUAAAAUGCCAUCCUGGGCGGAAACAGGCGUCUUGCAGGAGGGCAUGAACAUGGAAGCCCUCAAGGAGGAGCCUCUCGAAGAUGAACGGCCGGUUUCGCUCCCUGGGCCAUUCCACAUGAAGCUGUUGAUCGACCCUGCACUUGCGAAUUCGCUGAUUGGCAAAGAUAGCGCCACCAUCACCAAGGUUUCGGAGGAAUGCGGUUGCAGCAUGCACGUAUUAUCUUCCAAGAAUAAGUUCCCCGACUCGCAAGACCGUUUGCUGCUGAUGUCGGGCUCCACGGAAGCCAUCAGCACAGGCGUGAUUUCGCUGCUGGAGCGGUGCAAGGAGGUACACCCCAACUUGCCGUACGAUCAGAUGUAUGCAAAGCUGGUUGUGCCUACCAGCGUCUGUCCUACAGUCAUCGGCCCUGGUGGCGUGCGCGUGCGUGAGAUAAGGGAGGCAACCCUAACGCGUAUAACAGUUGACAGGAACUCCAACCCGUGCCCCGAGCGGGUGAUUGCCAUUCACGGCAUGGCACAGGGCGUACACCAGGCCGUAGUAGCCAUUAGCACCAUCGCACAAACAGAUCCUAGCCUGGUGCUCAUGCUGGAGCUCCAGUACGAUUACCUGGAACAGCAGCAAGAAACACAGCAGCAAAAUGCACAGCUCGACUCCAACAUCGUCGGCGCUGUCCUGGAGGGAGUCCUCUCGGUCACCAACAAAGUGGGAGGAGGCGCCACCGAUGCUGCUGUUAAACGACUAGAAAGCAUGAAACAGGCGGCGGCUGCACAGGGCCCCCUGGGCCCUAUGGGACAACACCAGAGCGGGUACACUCCUAACUACGACGCGCCUGUAUCGUUUGUUACUGCCUCCAACCCUGUAGUGACACCAGAGGCCUCAAAGAGCUUUGCCUUGGCGCAGCGAGCAGCGCAGGCCCUCGGCAACGACCCCCGUGUCCGAAUGCCGUCUCCUCCCCGCGCAGCAGAUGAAUGGGAGCGGCAGCAGCGCGAGAUUCAACAGUAUGAGCAGCAGCGACUCGCAGGGCAUGUCGAAGUGUACAGCAGCGGGCCGGCACCGCCACCACCCCCAGGCACAGUGACAGACCCUGCUGCUGCUGCUGCUGCAGGUAGUGCACCUCCUCCACCACCUCCGGAUAACGGCAUGGACGCGGACGACGGAGACCCACUGCUGGAGGGGCUGAUGAAUGAGGCUUUCUGA